GUCAGCAGGUCAGCAUCCCCAGCUCACCGUCCGCUCCCUCCAGGACUAAACUCUGAAUAUUUUUCUGAGAGACGACUGCUGCAGAACCAGUCAGUGCAGAAAUGUCUCGGCUGUCUGUGCUGCUGCCUCUCACAGGACUUUGCUUCUUGAUCUCAUCGACGUUUGGCUCGGAAUCAAGCGUGCCAUUACCGAUAAGCUGUGUGACCCGUGGAGCGGACCUGAUGGAGGGCGGCGUGGUGGUGCUGUGUCCUCCUGACUGCACCCAGGGGAGGGUCUCUGUGUUCGGGACGUCCAUCUACGCCUCCAUCUCCUCCGUUUGUGGAUCCGCUGUCCACAGGGGGGUGCUGGGUCCGGCCGGCGGCUCGGUCCGGGUGAACAAGCUGCAGGGACGGCAAAACUACAUGAGCUCCUACGCCCACGGCAUCCAAUCUCAGGUCCUGUCCCACUGGACCUCCUCCUUCAGCCUCACCAAGCCUGUUAGUAUCCCACUGGAGUUGACCAGUGAAACCACUGCCUCAGCUUUGCCUGUAGCUCCAAAGCCAGCAAAGAAACUGAAGAAGCCAUCAGUGAAGAAAGCUCUAACAGGAGGAAAUAAAGACUGUCAGAUGGACAUCGCCAUGGUGAUUGACAGCAGUAACAACAUCGGGCAGCGGAGGUUCAACCUGCAGAAGAACUUCAUCAGCAAACUGGUGGCUAUUUUGAGAGUCGGACCAACAGGACCGCAUGUAGGAGUGAUCCAAGCCAGUGGUUCUCCGAGGACUGAGUUCUUGCUGACCAACUACACUCAGCCUAAAGAGCUGCUGUUUGCCAUCAAAGAGCUGGCUUACCUGGGAGGAGACACCAACACAGGUAAGGCCAUCAUGCACACAGCGGAGAAGUUCUUCACCCAGGAGAACGGGGCGAGGCGGGGUCACCCUCGGAUCAUGAUGGUGCUGGUCGACGGCUGGCCUUCUGACGACCUGGAGCAGGCGGCCAUGUUGGCCAGAGAGUCCGGCAUCAACGUCUUCCUGGUGUCCGUGGCCAAACCGGCGGCCGAGGAGCUCGCCAUGGUGCGGGACAAGGACUUCAUGAAGAAGGCGGUGUGUAAAGACAAUGGUUUCUUCAGUUAUUUGAUCACCAGCUGGUUCAGCACCACCAAACACGUCAAACCUCUCGCUCAGAAGCUCUGCUCGCUGGACAACCUGCUCUGCAGUAAAACCUGCUACAACUCGGUGAACAUCGGGUUCCUCAUCGACGGUUCUUCCAGCGUCGGACACACUAACUUCCAGCUCGUCCUGGACUUCCUGGCAGGAAUCGCCGGAAGCUUUGACAUCUCAGACGUGGGAGCUCGCGUUGGUGCGGUGCAGUUCACUUACGAACAGCGGCUGGAGUUCGGCCUGUUAGACCACUCCGACAAAGAGGAGACCAUGAACGCCCUGAACAGGAUCCCCUACAUGAGUGGAGGAACAGCCACCGGAGCCGCCAUCAGUUACACCACCCAGAACCUGUUCAGGCGGAUGGGACCAGGCCGCAACUUCCUCAUUUUGGUGACAGACGGCCAAUCGUAUGACGACGUCAGGCUCCCGGCAAUUGCGGCACAGAAUCAAGGCAUCACCAUGUACUCGGUGGGCGUGGCCUGGGCGCCCCUGGAAGACCUCAGAUCGAUGUCGUCCGAGCCGAAGGACAGCCACACCUUCUUCACCCGAGAGUUCACCGGCCUCGCCGAGUUCAUUCCUCUGCUGGUCCGAGGCAUCUGCCGGGACUUUACAGAGAAUAACUAAGAAAACACACACACACACACACACACACACACACACACACACACACACACACACACACACACACACACACACACGUUUGUACUUCUAUACUUGUGAUUACAACUGUAAAUUAAUCUAACCCUCUCAAUCUGAACCCUAAACUUGUAAACUGAGGAUAUUUUGUCUAGCUCGUCAAAUACUAAAUUAACCGUAUAAACAUAAUAAUUGAAUCUAUCUGACAACAUUUUAGUUGUAGACAUCAGCCCAAAAUUGGGUCCAAUGACAUCACGGACAGAUACUGAUGUUGUAGUACCACCAUUUGGCCACUACACACAUUUGCAUCACUCAAGAGGCAGGCGUUGAAGCAAAAACAUAGUUAAUAUCUCAAACAUAAACACAGGUAAAGGUUAGACAUACAUUUUAGGAGUGAAAACAAGUCAAAAUAUCCUCAGUUUUCAAAAAGACCCCCCUUGUGCAGGUAACAUAUAGGGUCCUCACAAGGUACAAGUACAAGAACGGACACACACACUGUAUAUAUAUACUGCUCACAUAUACUGACUAUUACUGAUAAACACACAUGUAUAUAAAAUACACCCAACAUAGGAAAGCACACGUUUAUAUAUCCAAAAAAUGUUUUAUUUAAUGAAGGAGAUUAUGGGAAAUCACCAAACCGUUAAACAAUCUCAUCAUCUGUAGUAACAAAAAUCAUUCACUUCUCACUAAACAGUCAGAUUUAUGACAGUAAACACAGAACAGGAACCACAUAUUUACUGCAGUGUUCAAUUAAGGAGGCUGCUGUAAAUAAAACAGAUAACUAUAAAUAAGAACCUGCUAGGAUCCACUCAUUAACUGCAAAAUAAAGGAUUUAAAAAAUGUAAUCAGGAAAAUAUGACUUUAGUUUCUCGAUAAAUUACAAAACAUCAGCUUUUUAAUCACAAGACAUAAAGCUUGAAUCCACGACUGAGUAAUCUUAGGUUUCAGGUGAAUUAUAAACAUGUUAAUGUCUAAAAAUGUACUUAUCGUCAACAACAGCAGGCUUUAUGAAUGAGUAGUGACCAAGUGAAUGAUUUCAGACUUAUAAACCAUCUUAACGUCAAACCAAACUUCUUUCAUUACUUAUAAUGUUUAUUUUGAAUGUGUCUGUUGAUCAUGAUUGAGGUUUAAUCCACAGUCAACAAAAGUACCUGGGUGUUUCUCAGAUAAUCUCCUUUUUAUCUUUCUGUCUUUGUUUUAUUUUUUAAGCUUCAUCAUUGCCUGUUUUGUAAUUAUCCUGAUGUACAUUUUGCCCAAAUGUCAAUUUCUGUAUUUUGUUCAACUUGAAUUUGUAUUUUUUUUUUUCCAAGGACAGAGUUUCAGCAAAGUGUCAGCAAAAAAAAACAACUUGCUUCUUAAAGCUCAGUUUCACCACCAGAAAGUGUUUUAAUUUAAACACUACACUACGGUGUAGGACAGCUGAAAUGCAGUGCUCUUUAGAAUGGAUUAAAAAAGUGCCAAAUUUCAAAAUAAACUUCGUCUUUUGUGUAAACCUUGAACCCUUGAAUCUAAAAACUGAUGCAUUCUGGGUUAAAAUGAGUUGAAUGGUUCUGUGGUUUGCGUCAUCCGAUUGUAUUUGCCGACCUUAUAUUGGUCAGAGGAGUUGGGCAUCAUAUGUUAAGAACAAAUAUAUAAAACAUGUAUUUUCUGUCUCUGUGUAAAUGAAACCUGUCUGCCAUUGGGAUUUUAAAUGCUGAUUCUGUCCUUUUUCUGUAUUUAUUACCAGUUUUCUCUGUCUUUUAAUAAAGAAUAGUUAUUUUUA